UAGGUUUUAAAAUUUUCUUCGUUUCGAAGUAUCCAAACUUGGCUUGAAUCCCGCUGAAUCCGAAGUCCGCUUACCAGCACUACGCAACAACUAUCGAGCAGACUGUUAUCGGGUGCAACCAUCGAUUAAUUACACAUAUCGCUGGGCAGAAACAAGGAAAGGAUAGAAAGCACUCGAAGUGAUUUUUUACAUCAGUUCUAUUGUUAACGCAAAAGCCCCCCAGAGAGCCAGAAACUUUCGAGCACAGCCAAACGCGGAAGACGAAACGCCAGCGAGACGAGGACGCCAAGAUGAUUAAACUAUUCACGCUUAAGCAGCAGAAGAAAGACGGCGAGCAAAAGGGCAGUCAGCAGAAGAAAGCGUCCGCCGCCCAGCUGCGCAUACAGAAAGAUAUUAACGAACUGAACCUGCCAAACACUUGCGCCACAGACUUUCCCGAUCCCAAUGACUUGCUCAACUUCAAGCUUAUCAUCUCGCCCGACGAGGGCUUCUACAGAGACGGGCGCUUCGUGUUCAAUUUCCGCGUCGGAUCCAACUAUCCGCACGAGCCGCCCAAGGUGAAGUGCGCCACCCAGGUGUACCAUCCCAAUAUUGACCUGGAUGGCAACGUCUGCCUCAACAUUCUGCGCGAGGACUGGAAUCCAGUGCUGAACAUCAACUCCAUCGUCUAUGGCUUGCAGUUUCUAUUCUUGGAACCCAAUCCCGAGGAUCCGCUCAACAAGGAGGCGGCCGACGUCCUGCAGACCAACCGCCGUCAGUUCGAGAACAAUGUAAAGAAGGCGAUGCGUGGUGGCUGUGUGGGCGAGACCUACUUCGAGUGCUGUCUGCUCAAGUGAUAUAGGGAAUCGCAAGGUCUCUUACUUUAAGCCUGUCCAUACACCUCCCCCUACACCCGCUAACUGAAGAAGAUGAAGCAAAACACAGACGAACAUCGGCGACAACAAAUUAUUGUAAUAAACGAAAACAAAAUCCACUGCGUGCAAAGAAGAAGCCGAGUCAAGUCACCAAUUUCUAGUUUUUAAUACAAUUCAUUUAGCAAUUUCGCCCACCCGUCUCUUAAUCAUAAUCGGCAUACCCAAUGUGGCAAUCAUCCAAAUCCCUCACAGAUGAAUGCUGUGCCUGGCCAUCUGCAUAUUUCGCCACAGGCAAAGAUCAGACACAGCGGACAGUCUUCCUGCCUGGAUUCGCAGAUCGUAUAGUCUGCUGAUGAGACCCACUUUUAUGUCGUCGGUGACCAAAACUUUCAGGAGCUGUUGCACCAGGCCGUUGGGCAGCAAGCGCAGGACGGGAGCGACCCUCUCACCACCGCAUUCCACCAGCAGCGAAAUGAACUGAUAAACAAAAACGGCCUUGGGCGACAGUUCAUCUCCACUGACAAACUGCAGGAACACUGCGAAAAUGUGCUGCACGCUCGUCUGCAGUGGUUCUCUUAGAGUAAGCGGCGUAGUCCGCAGUUCAGAUGUGGAAGUGGAGCCCAAUAAUGCUGCCAGGCCAGCUCCGGUCGUAGUGUCCGUAAAGUCGCUUGAGUUGUCGCUGCCAUCGCCAAUCACCUUGCGCACUUUGGCUGCAUUGGCCGCCAGUUCCUCGUCAUCGUGAGAUCUCGAUCGCUUCUUCAUGGCCGUCAAAGCGGAAGUGCCAUUUCCUUUGCGGCUCUCCAGGCAGGAAAUAAUACAGUAAACACAGAGGCGGGCCAGUACCAGGGAUUGGGGCUCAUUAAUGUCCUCACUAG